AUGCCUGCCCGGCAGACUCGAAGGAAGACGGCGGCGGCGGCGGCGGCGGCCAAGGCCCGCGAUACGCCGUCAUCAUCAGACGAGGACGUGCGCGCGUCCCCCAUGAACGGCAGCGCCGUCGUCCACAGCGCGUCGUCGGAGAAGUCGGACGCGGAGCCCAAGGAGAACAUCUUCCUCUUCUGGCCCAAUGUCAUCGGCUACUGGCGAAUCGUCCUCGCCAUCGCCUCCCUAUACUACAUGCCGCUGCACCCGCGGACGUGCUCGCUGCUGUACAGCAUCUCGUGCCUGCUGGACGCGCUCGACGGCUAUGCGGCCCGCAUCUUCGAGCAGUCGACCCGCUUCGGCGCGGUGCUCGACAUGGUCACCGACCGCUGCACCACCUCGUGCCUCCUCGUCUUCCUGUCGUCGGCCUUCCCCCGGUGGGCCAUCAUUUUCCAGAGCCUCAUCGCCCUCGACUUUUCCAGCCACUACAUGCACAUGUAUGCCACGCUCGUCGUGGGCGGCGCCGACUCGAGCCACAAGAACAUUGAUAAGAGCCAGAGCCGGCUGCUGAACCUGUACUACUCGAACAAGAAUGUCUUGUUCGUCUUCUGCGCCCUCAACGAGCUCUUCUUCAUCGCCCUCUACCUCUUGUCCUUCUCGUCGCCUCUUCUGUCGCCCCACCUCAUCAAGAGCGUUGAGGAAUCGAGCGGCGGCUUCAUUCAGCCCGGUGCGCCGGUCAACGCAUCGCUCUUGAGGCAGCUGUUCCCGGACCCCUUCAGCGCGGCCGCCCUUGAGAUUGCCCGGGCCAACAAGAUGGACUCGAACAUCCCUUGGGCUCUUGCCGGACUCAGCUUCCCCGUCAUGGCCAUGAAGCAGUUCAUCAACGUCGUACAGCUCGUCAAGGCGAGCAAGUCGCUCGCCGAAGUGGACAUUAAGUCGCGAAAGGCGAAGGGCCUCCCCAGGAAGGUCAAGGCUGGGUAA